CUAAUAACCAAGUGACAGGAAAUGAUGGCAGGAAACAUCACUACUAACCCCCAGCAAGAAUACUUAACCAGAUCCUCUCUUCAGUUCUCAUUUCUUUACUUGCAGAAGAUGUCAGAAGCUAUUUAUUCCAACACUAUUCCGAGAGCCGUCUUAAGACCAGCUCAUCAAGAUAGAAAGAAGGAGUGUGUCAACGAUAAGAGAGAUGGGGUCUGUGUGGUAGUUCUUCUCUCUGUUCUCCUCUUCCUGUCUCUGCUGGCAAAUGCAGCUUUGGCUUACCUGUAUUACAGCAAUGGCCCAGAACAGCUUUUGAGUUGUGAACCAGUAACACACUGCUCUUAUUCAGAUGUUGACGACGAUGCCCAAAUCAAACAGAGCUUUCACAAGGACAUGGAAAACAGGUCCAAAGUACAGCACUGUCCAAAAAAAGAUUUCCCUGCGAAGUGGGUCCAGGACAAGGGCAGAUUCUACGUUUUCUCCAAUGAUACCAUGGACUGGGACAGCAGCAGGGAACGCUGUCAGGAUCUGGGUGGAGACCUGGUCAUCAUCAACAGCAGUGAGGAACAGAAACGUCUUGCAAACCAAAUACGCAUUAUUGGCGCACAAACAUUAUAUUGGAUUGGUCUGACUGAUAGCCGCAAUGAAGGUGUUUGGCUGUGGGUGGACGACACCGAGGAUCAUCUUAGGCAAGUAUUAUUUUAAAUGUCUGUGUUAAUAAAUGUAUCUGAUGUUUAAAAUGUCCCUUUCAAUUUGGAACCCGUUUGGAUAUAUGAUACAUUUUUAUGCAGUUUACACUCUAAAUGAUUUAUUUAUUGAUUGAUGAUUUAUUUAUUUGUCAGUUUCUGGGCACUUCCCCCUGAUGAUCACAAAUCAGCGGACAAUCCUCUGGGGGAAGAUUGUGUUGUAAUGAAUGGACGAACGACUGAGUCGAAGUGGGGAGAUGUUUUGUGCUUGAGGAAGGAGAGAAGCAUUUGUGAGAUUCCAUGUUCUUAAUAAAUAUUUACUUAAUAAAAGUU